UUUUAGAUGGCCCCUCUUUUGAUUAAACUCACCUUCCUCCUCUUGCUUUUCUCCCUUUAUAUUUUGGCAUUCUAUUCCUUAUGUACUUGUCAACACUCUGAAUAAUUCAAAAUCUUCACUUCCACCAUAAUCUUUUCUCUCUCUCUCCAGUGAUAACAAAACCAUCAUGGUGCAAACGAGGAAGUUCAGAGGGGUCAGGCAGCGCCAUUGGGGUUCAUGGGUAUCAGAAAUUCGUCACCCACUUCUUAAAAGGAGGGUAUGGCUGGGGACGUUCGAAACAGCAGAAGAAGCCGCACGAGCGUACGACCAAGCAGCCAUAUUGAUGAGUGGGCGCAACGCGAAAACGAAUUUCCCAAUAGCCCAAACCCCCGAGGGAGACCCAAAGGCCCAAACAAGGCCCGAAGAAGGCCCAUCAACCUCGAAGGAACUCGAAGAGAUUCUCCACGCCAAGCUCCGAAAGUGUGGGAAACUUCCUUCCCCUUCCAUGACCUGCUUGAGGCUCGACCCCGAAAACUCCCACAUCGGAGUGUGGCAGAAACGCGCCGGUCAACGCUCUGACUCCAACUGGGUCAUGAUGGUUCCCCUUGGAAACAAGGCUAGUGGUGGUGGAGAAAAUAAUAACAAUAAUAAUAAUAAUAAUAAUAAUAAUAAUAAUAAUAAUAAUAUUAAUAUUAAUAAUAAUAAUGUUAAUAGCUCUAUGCCUCAAUCUUCGUUUUCUCAGUGUGAUCAUCAUCAGACCCAACAAGUGCGAACAGAGAUGGACGAGGAAGAGAGAAUUGCACUGCAAAUGAUAGAAGAACUCCUCAGGGGGAACUGUCCCACUAGCCCUUCCUUUAAUAACAACGUAUAUUGAUCGAUCGAGUAAGGGAUCAAAUCAAACAUUUUUCCUUCUUUAAUACACUUGCUUGCUUCGUUCUUGAAUUUGGAAGACAUUCUCAUUUUAGUCUUGAAAGUAAAAAAUUGUCAAAUGAUUUACCAUAUUAAUUUAAAAUCUCAAUCAAAUAUGGGACUAAAGUAGUAAUAUUAGGCUUAAAUAUCAUUUUGGUUAUUGAAAUAUGCAAUUUUUUUCAUUUUUCUUUUUCGUCUUUAAAAACUUUUUGCUUAACUUUUGUUUUUCUGAAAAUAUUUUUUUCACCGUGUAGACAACGUGUCAAACAUCAAAAUGAGUUGAAUUCAUUUGAAAGUAUUCAAAUGUUUGACACGUUAUUUCAAAACAGUGAAAAAACGUUAUCGUAGAAACUAAAAACAAUAAAUAUAUAUAUAUAUA